CGUUUCUUGUUAUGCGCCUUUCAUCGGUGUGUGCAGAAUGGCUAGAGGCAGAUUACGUUGGUAUUUAAAAACAUGUCUCUCUAUCAUACUGUGGAAAGUAUUGCAUUGUCAACCUUUAUAUGACAAUGAUUGUGACCAUUGUAACCAUUUUAGCCAGGAUAAAAAGAUUUCUGGUCUGCAAUCAGUGUUGAAAGAAACUGAAAUAUUACUACAGGAAACAAAUACUCGUUUGGAAGAAAUUAUCAAAAGUAGGGAAGAGGUCACUGAUGUUUACAAAGACUUGAUGAAAUUGUAUGGUGCAAGGAUAUGUUACAAUGCAUCAAACGUAGAGGAGAUAUGUGAUAUGCAUCCUUCCUUGGUGUUCACACAUCCGGACGAAUGUCAGUUAUACUACAACUGCUCCUUGACGUACACCAACAUUCCAAUCCACUUUGAACAGCAUUUACAGGAAUGUCGAUAUCCUGAUUUCUUUUCCACACAAACACUUCAGUGUGAGAAAUUCACCGAGGUUUCCUGUGGAACGAGGAAGGUACUGAAGGACAAGUGUGACUACAGACAACAACAAUUAAGCAGAACAUGCGCGUUGAAGUACCCUAGUUGUAGCGGGAAAACGGAUGGCUUACACCAAGGAAACAGUGGUCAAAACGCGUACAUAAACUGCUUUCAGGAACGUUUAAUCAGCACAGGGACGUGUGAAAAUGACAUCGUGUGGGAUGCAUACAUGAUCCCAUACAACGGCAGGUGUACUAACCGUUUCGAGAUUCCUCACAAAGACGGCGGAUUCCUUCCAAGUUGUGAAGGAAAAGCAGACGGGAAUUAUCGAUUUAAACACGACAGUUCUUUCAUGGGGUAUGGGGAUUAUUUUGCAUUCGGUAGACAAUGCGAUGCUUACUAUCGCUGUAAUGGGCACAAUGCAACGGCGUUUAAAUGUCCUCGUGGAACCGUGUUUGAAUCCCGCAAUAGAACAUGCAAAGCUGGAAAUCACUCCAUUGAGUGGGGGUGCCAUGUCUACUGUCAACCAAACUUCAAAAUGUCGGGUCCAUUCCCAAUUAAUUGGGCUGAAUGUCCGUAUCCGGAACAAUUCUCAGAGAGCACCAGGCGAUGUGAAAAUUUUACAAAGGUCACAUGUGGUUCCCGACCUCAGGAAAAGGAUUUUUGCAGAUAUUGGGUGCAGCUUUAUUUGUAUCGAAACAUGGGUAACUGCGGGGGAUAUCACUUCAGCUGUGCAGGAUUACCAAAUGGAAUAAACGAACAUCCGGUUAAGCGUCCUGGUCCGUAUUACGUCCGCUGUCUCGAAGAAAGAUUAAUCGAAGAUGGAACUUGCCCAAUGGACACCGAAUGGGAAAUACAGAUGUUUCCUUACAACGGCCAAUGUACACAACGAUAUGCUAUCCCAAUCACUUAUCACAAUAUAGGUUUUCUCCCUGACUGCUCUAGAAAACUGGACGGAAACUACAAAUACCCCAGUGCUGUUACGCGGUGUGAUGUCUACUACAGAUGCAAGGGAGGUAACGCAACUGCCUUGAAAUGUCCACCAAACACAAAUUUCGAAGAAAACAGUAGACUCUGUAUGACCAAUGUUAAUUGCUCUGGCCAAUAAGAAUCUUUUUUGUAUUUUCAUAUAUGACAAGUGUAAGUAAGUUCCUUUUCAUUGUUACGUGAUCCUUGUUCAUUGAAGAAAUAAAUUUCAUUUUGAAAUGUA